AUGAAUCUAUUCUCCUCGUUAAUGAGACCAAAGAACAAGUAUUCUUUAGAGAAUCUAAAAUACUUACAUAGUACUUUGGUCAAGAACUCAACUAUCACCAAUCAGAACUCUGGUGUAGUGGUCGAAACGUUGAGACAGAUUGCAGAGGUAAUGAUUUGGGGAGACCAAAACAAUAAUACCUUAUUUGAUUUCUUUCUUGAAAAGAAUUUGUUAGGAUUUUUCAUUAAUAUACUUGAACAAAAGACGUCAUCAGAUGUCAUUAUACAAUUAUUACAAACUCUCAGUAUCUUGGUCGAGAAUCUUAGAAAUAGGAACUCAAUUUUCGCUUUAUUUUCAAAUAAUGUAAUCAAUGAAAUUAUCAUUCACAAGUUUGAUUUUUCAAAUGAAGAGGUAUUGGCAUACUAUGUAUCAUUCUUGAAAGCAUUAUCUCUAAAAUUGGAUCAAAACACAAUCAACUUCUUUUUCAAUGGUCAAGAAAGGGAUUUCCCACUCUAUACAGAAGCCAUCAAAUUUGUUAAUCACAAGGAAACAAUCUUUCGCAGAAUAUCCUCAUUCCCCAACCUCGCUGGUGAGGGAAGUGGCAGCGAACACAAUUCACCAAAAAAGGUCAAGAAGCAGUCAUCAACAGCAGCAUCAACAACAAAGAGUAACACCAACAGUAUAAAUAUUGGUGGAAACAACCAGCAGCAACAACAACCACACGUGUUUAAUACUGCAAACAACACCAACAACACUGCCAACAGCACAAACAAUAGUACUAGCAGUCCCAACAUUGGCAGUGUCGGCAGUGCCACCAACAACAACACGCCACCCAGCGGCACUCAGUUUGGUGACUUGACCCAAAGCGGGGGUAGUGUGCAACACAUCAAGAUUGUCAGCGACGAUGAAGACAACUACAUCUACAACAACGACUUGGGAUCGAAUCUGUCGUCUCCUCCAUCAUCACCUCGAGGUAAACAACAACAUAAUAAUGGUUCAACUCAUCAACUACCCAACAGCAGCAACAAUGGUCCACACCACCCUACCAAUCCACAAAUCAAACGUUUGUCUGCCAAUCUACAAACCAAAUUGGCAAAAUCAGAACUAUCCAGCUCUUUGGACAGUGGAAGCACCAACAUGAGCUUUGACUCUCAAAACGAUACUCAAAGCAUUGGAAAGCGAAAUAGUCUAAAGAGUGCAGCCAAGAGCCACAAACCAAAGAAUGAAUACAAAGAUAUGUUGCUCUUGCUACUAAACAAGGACAGGGAGACGUUUGGUGUUGUUUGCAUGCUUUACAGUCUCUUGAAAAACUCAUAUAUCGACAGUAAGAUUCUAGAGAUUGGUGGAGUGUUGCCAUACCGUUUGGCCAAGGCCAAGAAAUUGUUACAGGGACUUUUAUCACCAGAAUCGCGACCAUCCAACACAAUGUCCUCUUCGUUACCAGCCAACCUCACUUCGAGUCAUCAUCGAAGCAAGUCAGAGUCAUAUGCUCUUUCAACACAACAAACCGGUCCAUCAACCAAGGUCAGUCAUGAUGGUAUCAGCAGCAGCAGGAAUCCUGGAAGAUCAAGUCCAUCUUUAUUUAAUGAUUUGGAUAGUAAUAACAACAAUAAUAAUAAUAAUAAUAUAAAUCAUAGUUUACCAACAUCACCAAUAAUGCAAACACCUCUAUCUAAAAUAUCAGCCUCACUCACAUCUUCAACACUUAGUGCCCAGGCGUCUGGAGGACCUAUCCUAAGAAUAUUCAAAUCAAAGGAACAAAUUGAUAGUGAAGAUCAAGAACAGAGAGAGUUGGAGAGACUGCGUAUCAUUGAAAAAGAAGAAGAGGACGAAGAAUUUAUUCCAGUGCCCGACAGCUACCAAAAAGAGUUUACAAGAGACCUCAUUGAAAGAAUAUUUUAUGUACUGAUGAACAGUAAUCAAUUCCGGCUCGUCACUCUUCAAAUGACCUAUCUAGUACUCAAAGAAUUGGUUUAUUCGUCAGAAUCACCAAGCAAGCUGACCGAGAACCAAUUUGAAAUGCUCGAAGAAGCCUAUUUGGUGGUAACCAACAAUCUCAAGGACUGUCUGUCUGGUAGUACGGCACCCAUCUUUUUAGAGUUGUUUGAGGACGAGAUGGGUUCAUACAAGCAGAUUAAAUUCGAAAUGUUGCUCAAAGAGGCAGCACUCAUCUUGCCUGUCCCUGAGCGUCCUAUUUCGCGGCUCUCAUUGGCACGUAGACUGCCAUCGGGUGAGGUAGAAAAGACACAAAAGGCUAUCCAGCAAUUCCUUGUGCUUCGUGAAAUGAAGUAUACGUUGUUGCGAAAGCGAGAAAAGCUUCUACCCAUCAAACAACCACAAUACCCAAUGGUCAGAGAAAAGGAGCAUUUCCGAAUCGAUAUGUCCAUGUUUGACACGAUCGACUAUGUCGCCAUCAGCAAGAAGCCUCUGUCCACGCCGGCACAGGCUUCUCCGGGUAGCAGUGCACCUGGCAGUGGUGCCACCACUGGCCCACCCCUUCCCUACUCGUUUGUGCUCUACCACAAUCUCUUGUUGAAUUUGGACCGAAACAAUAUACAACCUCCUCCAAAUGCACCCAAGCAGACCAAGGACGACCACCAACAAUACGGUAUCAUCACCCAUAUUGCGCCACUACAGAGAAUCGAGAUUGAGGUGAGUCACCUCGACCCGUGCGUGCUCCGUGUCUUUUCGCAUCCAACCACAUGGGGUGUCGACAUGAUCUUUGAUGAAGAGAAAAAGUGUCUGUCGGCCAAAUCACUGUUGGAGCGUGCGCGUGACGACUUUAGAGCCAGCAAGAUGCGUCAAAUCUACGCUCUGCUCGGUGAACGUGACCCAGACGACGAUGACGUCGACAAUGAUGGAGCAGAGUCUAAUAGCCCUCUACAUGGACCUGGAAGAAAGAAAUCGCUCUCUAAAAUAUUCCAGCCAGUCGACGCAUCCAACUCACACCCAUUGUCAUUUAGUGGCACCGAUUUUGUCAUGACUACAAGAAAGAUGAGUGGUGGAAACAAACAAAUACCAUUGUCAACUAGUACAACGACCACCCCUACUAAAAAUGCUGUAUUGUCUCGGUUAAUCGACGAUGACGACCAAUCAUCAAAAUCAACAAAAAGAUUUUCAAAGGAAAAUAUUUUCAUGUCAUUCCUCAACGAUACAGACGAUACAUUUUUAAAGGAACAAGAUGAAAAUAUAAUGGAAAGUAGUAGUAGUAAUAAUAAUAAUAAUCAAGAUUUUGAUUUAAACUUAAAUUUAAAUUUAUUUAUCAAAAAAGGCAAUAAUCAACAAGUUGAAAAUCAAGUAAAGAGUGGAGAAUCACAAAUUAAUAAUGAAUCAACUUUAGAGAAUAAUAAUCCAGAUAUAGUCUUUGAAAAUUUUAAUAAUAAUAAUGAUGGUAAUAAUAUAAUUAGUAAUAAUAUAAAUAGUGAUGAUAAUAAUAAUAGUAGUAAUAAUAUAAAUAAUGAUAAUAAUAGUGAUAAUAAUAGUGAACCUUCAGAAGAAAAAGAACAAGCAAAUCAAAUUCAUCAAGGACUUGAGGAUAUUGAUCUUAACAGUAAUGAUAAUAAUAAUAAUAAUAACACCACCAAUAUUGAUGAUAAUAAUGAUAACCAAAUCAUUGUUGACGAAAAUAUUGAAAAUAUCAAAAGUAAAGAUACUGAAGAGGAAUCAAUUUUGUAA